AUGCCCACGCCGGGAUCAACGCCUGGCCAGGCCCCUCUGUGUCCACCAGCACAUCGUCAGUCAUGGCACAGCACUACGGGGACAACCCAGUACAACCACGUCAACCAAUUCAGCCAGGUCGCCCAGGUCGAGGUCAACCAAGCCAGCCAGCUCGGCCUGCUGCGUGAUCUCCCUUCUCCCGCUCUCGUCCUGCCCACCCCCCCCCCCCUCCUCCUCUCCUCCACUCCUCCACGCCAUCGUGAUCCUCCUUCCGGGCCCCCUCUCCUUCGGCCAAUUUUCACCACUAGCACUCCGCUUCCCAUCAACCGCAAUCUUACUUCGACAGGCAUCACUGCAGGCAUCGUUCCUCUUUGA